AUGUCCGAACGUGAGUCGGAAGCUACAAAUUACAAUAAAAUUUUUGAAGACAGUAAAAGCUUGAAGAAAAUAGAUUCGGAAAACGCUACGGAACUGAAAAAGCCAGUUAAGGAUCAGGUGGAGGAGAAGCAACCUGUACAGCCGGAAACACCGACUACAUUGCCAGUGAGCAGCCUUGGCUUCAACACCGAGGACUUUCUGGCGCGUGUCAAUAUGAAUGAAAAGAUUAAUAACAUUUACGCCGCCACAAAGACACCGAAUGGUGUGCGGCAACCCCGUUUCACUGCCAUAACGCCGUCAUCGGUGAGGUUUAAUGCCAGCGCUGCUCCCUUUGUAUCGCAGCAACGUUCGUCGGUCACUUCCGCCAACACUGCCACAGCACCUGGUGCCGUUAUGACGCAGGAGACAUCCACACCAUCAGCCGCAUUGCAGGCUCGUCAAAUGCCCAUACCGGUGCACAUGAGUGCAGCUUCUCCGCAUCAUUACGGUGGCUAUGAAACACUGACUGGACGUAGCGGCGGCAUGAAGGGUGUCUUCAAUACUCGCUCAUGCUUAGCACCACCAUCUCCGAUCUAUGGUUUCGAGAUAUGUCGUAUGCCGCCUACCAUGUCGCCUUCUCACCACGCGCAGCAGUUUCACAACCAAUGCCGCCGCCACCAAUACGCAGUCGGACGCUUGAGCGGCAGUCACCGCGGUGUUGAAUACGAGAAUCCUCCGCCACCUUCAGGUGCUGGCCCCAUUGCCAUGACUAAUGGCACCAUACAGUUGCCUGACGGAAUACGCAUUGAUAUGACGCUGGACAAGGCGGUGCGCGCUAAUCAGCAUGGUAUUGCACUGUCACGCAAUUGCAGCAACUCAGCUGAUUAUCCAAACGGACUAUACCGUGGCUCCAAGGUGGAGAUAGUCUAUAAUGAAACCAACAACUAUGUUCGCUAUGCUAGAUGUGUACAAGGCGUCAGUUUUCUUGAAUCUUGUGCUUUGAUCUAUCUGGACACGGCUGGUACGCGCACCACCACUGAUACCUUCACUGAUCUCACAAAGGACUACACUUUGACUGUGUUUAUGAGUGGACUCCGCCAUGGUCCGUCCUAUGUUCAAGAUGCUAAUGAGUACAAAUUGACAUAUUCUUGCACAGAUGAGGGCACUGAUAUGAAAUUAAUGUUCCGCAUCACGCAGGCCGCAGAUGGACUAGUAAAGUAAAUCAAAUACUGGAAAUAUUUUAAUAAGUUUGUUAUUUAAUAAAUUUGCUUUUAGAUUGACACUGAACUCAUAAAAAUGUUGAUACGCACUAGUCCAGGCAAUGGUUCAGCCACUUACACGCCAGGUAUUCACUGUACCUCGUUGGGCAAAACUUCACAUUUGUUCGUUCGGUGAACGCUCCAAGCAUAA